GACUCUAUGUCAUAAUACAUUAGCAUUAUUUUAUAUGUAACUCAUCACAAACUUCAUGUUGUUAGCUACACUCUCCUAUACCACCCAAAUGGAUAUUCCAAAACGACACCUAUCCUUAUUCAUAUUGAUUAUCUUCAUAACUACAUAUUCGUCAAAUGCCGGCACAAACAACAACAUUCCAGUUCCAUAUGGUCCAUCACCACCAACAUAUGCGUCGUCUAGUCCUUAUGCAAAAAAAACUGUAGAAAUCAUCAACGAUAUUGGUAGUAUAGUCUCGUAUCAUUGUAAAUCAAAAGACGAUGAUUUUGGUGUCAGAAGUUUGCAAGUGGAUAGCUCGUGGUCGUUUAGUUUCGGGCGUCAGAUAUUUGGAAGGUCAUUAUUUUUCUGUUAUUUUGUGUUGCCAAAGAUUGGAAGCUAUUGGUUCGACAUAUAUAAAGAGCCCCGAGAUAGUUCCGGCGAAUUCUGGUGCAAUAAUUGUGUGUGGAAGAUAAGACCGCUCGGACCUUGUAGGUUUAACAAGAUAACUCAUGAGUUUGAUCUUUGUUAUCCAUGGAAUAAAAAUAAGUCCUUGUAUUGACAAAUUAAAGACAUAGCCGAGAUAAAUGUAAUGCGUUUGUUUUGUCUAUGGCUCGCGAGCUUCAAACAUAAUAUA